GAGCAAAUGCACGAAAUGAGCGAAUUCAACACAAUCGCGCGGCCCUCGGAGCAUGGACACCUGCUGGAAAAUAAAACCUUCUUUCCUGACCCACCGGCUCGGGGUCCACUGACGACGUAUCGCAAGCAAGCUUCCGUCGAUUGGCGCAAAGUGAAGCUAUCCUUCAACGAUGAGACUUCGCUCGAGCUGCAGCAUCGCGUAUGGGCUUUCGCGCAUAAGCACCCACUGUUCGCGCAUCCAAAUCGCAUGCUAACAAUGGACGAAGAACGCCACCUGGCCACAAAGCGCAUGUACGUGGUGCAGAACGAGAAAAUGUUCACAAUUGCCGACUUUUUGGAACGGCCCGACCUUGCCUCGCACUAUCAUCAAUCCUGGAUCGCCUACGAACCGAGUAUGGCGGUAAAGUACUCGCUCGGUUUCGGCAUGUUCCCCUCGGUCAUACGCACCCUGGAUGUGGGCCGGCUCGAUGAGAUAGUAGAACGUAACGCAACAGGUGAAUAUUUGGGUGCAUUUGGAUUGACGGAGUUCGCUCACGGUACGAAUGCGAAGGGCAUGCGAACCACAGCCACCUAUGAUCCGUCCUCGAACGAGUACGUGCUCCACACACCGGACUUCGAGGCGGCCAAGUGCUGGAUAGGCAACUUGGGUAAAACAUGCACCCAUCUCAUCGUGUACGCCCAAUUGUACACCGCCGAUGGGCAGCACCACGGGUUGAACGCGUUCGUGGUGCCUGUACGCGAUCCGGCAACGCUCCAGGCGUACCCUGGCGUGACGGUGGGCGAUCUCGGUCCUAAGGCCGGUCUGCAAGGAGUAGACAAUGGGUUCGUAAUGUUCCGGCAGUAUCGUAUCCCGCGUGAUAACCUAUUGGCACGCACCGGCGACGUCAACGAACAAGGAGAGUUCGUCUCGCCGUUUAAGGAUCCUGGUAAACGGUUCGGUGCAUCCCUUGGCGCCCUGUCCGGUGGCCGCAUCAGUAUUUGCGGCAUUGCCAACGUCUACCUCACGAAAGCGAUCAGCAUCGCGUUGCGUUAUUCGGCAAGCCGUAAGCAAUUCGGUCCGGACGAUAGCGAUGAAGAGUGGCCGGUGCUCGAGUACCAAUCGCAACAGUUCCGGUUGUUUCCGCACCUGGCCGCAAACACUGUGAUACGCGUGUUUAACCUCUGGUUUGCCAAGGCGUACGGUGAUAUGCAAUUGAAGCUGCUCGGUGGUGAAAAUAUUGGCGCCACCGGGAUGGAAGUACAUGCGCUGUCGUCAGCGGCGAAACCGGUCUGCACCUGGGCCGCCAGGGAUGGAGUACAAGAGUGCCGGGAGGCGUGUGGUGGCCAUGGGUAUCUGAAGCUGUCUACCAUCGGUGAUUUGCGCGGCAACAACGAUCCAAACUGCACGUAUGAGGGUGAAAACAACGUGCUGAUCCAGCAGGCUUCGAACUGGCUACUUAGCGUUCGCGGGAAAGGCUUUGAAAAGUUCGCCGAUGUGUCGCCGUUGGGUUCCGCGCAGUUCCUAGCACAAUACGCGACGCUUAUGAAUCGCAAAGCCAAAUGGGCAACUUCAGCCGAUGCAGGUUCCUUAGCAAAUCAGAUCGAGGCACUUGAAUGGCUAGUGGCGUACUUGUUGGAGGAAACGUACCAAAAGUUUUCAACUUUAACACGCCAAGGAAAAUCUUCCUUUGAAGCACGUAACGAAGCGCAAUCCUUCUUUGCGAGAACGCUGUCUAUCGCUUAUGGAGAGAGAAUGUUGCUGUACGUGUUCAGCAAGUUUCUAGCCAAUCUCGAAGCCGGCCCGGAACGUACUGCGAUGGAGAGACUUGGAUCACUGUACGGUGCUAGUACGGUUUUGCGCCACGUUGGUCUCUUUUACCAGGGUGGCUACUUCGCUGCCCAACCUAAGGGAAUGGCAUUGCUGCAGCAGGCAGUACUGGACCUGUUACCCAUGAUCAAGCGGGAUGCGAUUGCGCUGGUGGAUGCUAUCGCUCCGCCAGAUUUCAUACUUAACUCACCGCUCGGUAUGAGCGAUGGCGAUGUGUACCGGCAUAUGGAGUCCGCCAUUAUGCAAGCCCCGGAAGCGCUCGAGCGUCCGCAGUGGUGGCGCGACGUCGUUCACCGGGACUACGUGCAAUCGAAACUGUAAAAAAGCACACUAUAGGUUGUUUAAACGGGGCGAGGUGUUUGGGAACUAUAAAGGGACUGUUAUUUUAGCGCUUAGGGAUUGCUAUUGUCAGAGGGUAUCGUUUUUAAAUCCAUUCGUUUUGUUUUGGCAUCUUUUAUUGGCCACAUUUUUGCCAUUGUUGGCGAGUAAGGCAAUAUUAACCAAAUAUUGGCAGCUAAUGAAACACUCACCCUAGCACGGGGGUGUACGGAAGAGGGUAUUAUUUUAGAGCUCCCUUAUGUACUGCAAUUUCAGUGGCUUCGAUAGGCUUUGCGCUGUGUUACCGUUAAAAAAGGACGAUUAUGAAAAUGGCAAAAAAGUACCGAUGUUACCCUGCGGUAAAGCAAG